CCGGCCUUGGCCGGGGGCGCGCGUGUGGAUUGGCGCCGGGAGCUGGCCAGAAGCGAAAGCGGCAGAUGUCGCUGGGCAUCGCCGCCCUCACCCCACCUGUCGCGGAUGGACUUUGGGGCGGGUGGGAAGCGGAGGAAAGGAGUUUCCAUGCGGCGGUCAGCCAGACCUUGAGCAGGCGGUCCCAUUGUGAAGCUGCCAAACUCUAGUGGUGGAAUCUGCAAAUCUCCGCUAGAUAGAUGGGAUCACGAAGUAUCUGGAGUAGAGCAGAAAAAUUAUUAUGCCUGUGUUCCCUUGGGACUCAUUGGAAAUUGUACAGUGACAUCUUCUGGGAUUUAGUCUGGAGUGUGCAGACUGGUGCCUAAAAUGGAAGUAGAUGUUAAUGGCGAGCCCAGAAGUUCCCUGAGCACCCUGCCCUUGCCUGUGGCCGAGGUGAGCUCCCCGGGAAAGGCAGAGGCGGAGAAGCCGCGCUGCUCCAGCACGCCGUGCUCGCCCAUGCGCCGGACUGUGUCAGGCUACCAGAUCCUCCACAUGGACGCCAACUAUUUGGUCGGCUUCACAACUGGUGAGGAACUGCUGAAGUUGGCCCAGAAGUGCACAGGGAGCGAAGAAAGUAAGGGAGAAGCUGUGCCUUCCUUGCGCUCCAAACAGCUGGAUGCAGGACUUGCACGUUCCUCUCGCUUGUAUAAAACCAGAAGUAGGUACUACCAGCCAUACGAGAUUCCAGCUGUCAAUGGCAGGAGGCGAAGGCGGAUGCCCAGCUCAGGAGACAAGUGCACUAAAUCUUUACCUUAUGAACCUUAUAAGGCCCUCCAUGGGCCUCUGCCUCUUUGUCUUCUUAAAGGUAAGAGGGCUCACUCCAAAUCUCUGGACUACCUCAAUCUAGAUAAAAUGAACAUCAAGGAGCCAGCUGACACAGAAGUGCUACAGUACCAGCUUCAACACCUAACCCUGAGAGGGGACCGUGUGUUUGCUAGGAAUAAUACAUGAAUGACCUGCAGAGAGUGUAAACUAGUUUAGGUUAGCCUACGCUUGGCUAGAAAAACCCACUGUUGUACUCUGUACAGGACUCUUCACAUUAUAGAUGGUUAUAUCAGCUAAGUGUUCCAGGAACAUAAAAAUUGUUUGGGUCAAAUUUCGAAUAUAGAAAUGAAAUCACAGGUACUUGGGGGGAAAUCAUUCUAGAGCACGCAAUUGCAAAGAAAACAAUGUUGACCAUUAAUUCGUAUAGCUUUUGAGCUAGGAUAAAAGGCUCUGGUACAGCAAGAUCAUCUUUAUGAUUCUGACACUAGAAUUGGGAAUGUUAUCUGCUUGGUUGUUGCUGACUUGGUAUGAUUCAUUAGAAAUUUAUAUCUUAAGUACUUAAGUACUUCUUUAAUCUCUGUAUUUUACUAUCAAAUGUAUGUAAUGAUUUGUUUUAUGAAAUUUAGAACUUGAACAUUGCUGAAUUGGACCACUUUUUAUUUUUAAAUAUUGAGUUUAAAUAUUUUAUAACUGGUUUUGCACUGAAAAAAAUUAACAUUUCAGAUUGACAAGAGAAUAAUCUUCACUUGCCUCAAUAAUAUUAUUGAGCAAUGAAUUUUUUAUUUCCGCAUGGAAAGUUAUUGAUCUCUAUGGCUGUAAAAUAUUUCUUUAUAGCAUUAUUAACGUGUGUCUUAAUAAAAAUAAAUUUGGGAUACAAAGUAUUUAUUUUACAAUGGGUGGGGGGAAGCUUUUCCAGAAGGUUUCCAAUAAGAAGUUUUCAUAAAUUGAAAAAGUUUCCUUCGUGCUUAUUUUCUAAUUUAAAAUUCAUCUGGAACUUUAAAAUGGAAAGGAUUCUUUUAGUGUGGAUUAUAGGCAUAAUACUGUUUGCAUCUGAAUGUUCUGUAAAUGAAUGGAACUCUAAUAGAGGAACUCAUGAUUUUCUACUCUUGAAUGCUUAAUCGAAGUAUGAAGUGAUACCAUUCAGCAUGGCAUUGGGUCAUUCCAGUUUUAGUUUUGUGCAGCACACUCACUGAAAUUCAAGUUUCUAGGAUUAGCGUAGGAGCCUAAAGCGCUCCUACAGUUUUAAUGGGUUAAUCCUGGAUUACUUAACAAUUUAUGUCAAUUGCACUGGUUUAAUUUGUUGCUAAAGAAAUAUUGCCCUGGCUUUAGUAACAAAUACAGCUUAACUAUUCUUGAAUAUAUUUUGAAAAAAAAAAAUGUAUGUAACUUACCUUUUGUAAAAGUUUCUAUUUCUUUUUUGACUCUUGAAGGUGCAAUUUAUUACUGAAUUGGCAUUUCUGGCAACAUAGAACUGCUUAUUUUAAAUUUUAUUUUUGGGGCUGUGAGUUUCUUAGGUGUUAUCAAUCUCGCUUAUAAUAUAAGAACACCUUUUAAUUGAGCGGGUCAUUCCUGGUACAGUUUGACUCUUCUUUAGCCAGAAUGAAUGGCGAACUCUUUAGAGCAGAAUAAGUAUUAGAAACCCUAGGUACUCUUAAUCAGCAUUUAUUAUUAUUUCACUGAGACAAACCAUGUGAAAGAACCUUGGCCCAUAUCUUACUGGGUUGAUCAGAUUUCUUGGUGGGCUGGAAAUCCUCAGCUGUUGAUAUUUUAAAGUAAAUUGCACCUUUGUAACAUAUUGUAUUGAUGAAUGAUCACUAAGAUUACUAUAUCUAUACAGUCAUUAGUUUGACAAGAAAUAGAAUCCUGUCAGAUGCCAAAGAGUUGGGAUUUUUACGUUUAAUGAUUAAACAUCGUUAUUUAUUGAUGAUUUACCCUGUGGAACUGUAUUAUUUCUAACUAUGAAAUAAAAGGGUGAUGUAAACACAGGUUGUUGUGCGCUGCUUUAAAUGGGGUCUGCCAUGAACAGGCUUGUUACUGUUCAAGAAUUCCAACUAAGCACUUAUUUUUAGGCCCCACUUUUGUUAAUAAAAAGACAAAACUACUUUUGGUGCUCAUUCACAUUUCAAGGUAAAGGAUGUAUUCAUGGCAAUGAUAUGUAUUCAGUCCACUAGGAAAUACAACUGUGUAACUGAGAUCUGUCCCUUCCUGUGUGCCUAAUUUCUUGAGCUAAAUAAAAAUAUGUAGCUUUUU